AUGACAGAUAACAAUUUAGAGUUAAUCCCAAAAUACUUGGAACAAUCUAUUUUGCCACAACAUGCGAAGCAGGCAGAAUCAUUACUUAGAUCUAUGGAAAGUCAGCCAGGCUUUUCUAUCGACUUGUUACAUGUCAUUGCAUCAACGAAUAUAGAACCAUCAACUAGAUUGGCAGGAGCAUUGUUUUUCAAGAAUUUAAUUAAAAGAAAAUGGAUUGAUGAAGAUGGAAACUAUUUAUUACCUAUUAAUGACGUUAAUCAAGUCAAACUUCAAAUUCUUGAUCUAAUGAUGAAACUUCCUAGUCAAUUGCAAAUACAGAUCGGUGAAUCAAUUUCAAUCAUUGCUGAGAGUGACUUUCCGCAUAACUGGGGCAAUUUAAUUGAUGACUUGGUAUCGAAGUUAUCGUUGGAUGAUUUUGUUUCUAAUAAAGGUUUGUUGAUAGUUGCACAUUCUAUCUUUAAAAAAUGGAGACCAUUAUUUAGAUCUGAUGAACUAUUUUUAGAGAUAAAACUUGUUUUGGACAAAUUUGCUCAACCAUUUUUAGCAUUAUUGAAUAGAACUGACCAGCUCAUCCAAGAAAACUUAAACAACAAAGCUUCAUUAACAAUUUAUUUUGAUAAUUUGCUUUCAUUAGUUCAAAUAUACUAUGAUUUGAACUGUCAGGAUAUCCCUGAAUUUUUUGAAGAUAAUAUGAUGAAUGGUAUGGAAUUGAUACAUAAAUAUUUGAUAUUUGAGAGUCCGUUAAUUACGGACCCAGAAGAAGAUGACGAAAUUGAUGUCUUGAUUAAAAUAAAAACAUCAAUUUUGGAAUUGAUCUCAUUAUAUGUUACAAGAUAUGCUGAUGUCUUUGAUCCCCUUAUCGAAAACUUCAUUAUGUCAGUUUGGAAAUUGAUAAACGAUUAUGUUACCAAACAACAAAAGUUCGAUCUUUUGGUUGUGAAGGCUCUAGGGUUUCUUACCUCAGUUACCAAGAUGCUGAAAUAUCAACCUUUAUUUAAAAAUGAAGACUCACUCAAACAAAUUACCGAAAAAAUUAUACUUCCAAAUAUUUACUUUAGAGAAGUAGACGAAGAGCUAUUUGAAGAUGACCCAAUUAAUUUCGUGAGGUCUGAUUUGGAAGGAUCCGAUUUUGAUUCGAGGAGAAAAUCGGCAACCGACUUUUUAAGAGAAUUGAAAGAGGUGAAUACCGAACUUCUUACGAAUAUCGUAAUGAGCUAUGUUGAAUCGUUCUUAUCACAUGCUGAUUGGAGGAAUAAGAAUAUGGCCAUCUAUCUUUUCAGCUCGUUGGCAGCUAAAGGAACAGUGACGAACAGUGGUGUUACCUCGACAAAUGUUUUGGUUGAUGUUGUAAAAUUCUUUAGUGAAAAUAUUGCUAGUUACUUGGUCGAAAAUCAAGCAACUCAUCCUAUUUUAAGAGCAGAUGCAAUCAAGUACAUCCUCAGUUUUCGGAACCAAUUAACAAAAGAGCAACUUAUAACUACGAUUCCGCUUUUAAUUCAGCAUCUUCAAGAUGAGAAUCAAGUCGUAUACACAUAUUCAGCAAUUACUAUAGAGAAACUAUUCUCAAUGACAAAUUUUAAUGAUCAUCAAGCAGUUUUUCUGAAAUCAGAUAUUAAACCAUAUGUGCAAGAGCUUUUGAAUAGUCUUUUUCUGCUUAUAUUGUCUAAAGAACAAUCUCCAGAAAAGCUAGCUGAAAAUGAAUUUCUUAUGAAAUGUGUCAUGAGGGUUUUGACGACCGUUGAAGAUCUGAUUGAAGAGUCAUUCAAGUUUGCAAUUGCUUCACAGUUGCUUCGGAUUUUGAAGAUAAUAUCGAGAAAUCCUUCGAAUCCCAAGUUCUCUCACUAUAUAUUUGAGUCAUUGGGUUUGAUAAUCAAGUAUGGCAAUGACGAUAAACAAAGGAUUUCAAAGUAUAUUGAUAAUUUUUUACCCAACUUGCUAGAUAUAUUAAACGAAGAUGUUCAAGAAUUUGUUCCCUAUACCUUUCAAAUAAUGGCGUUCAUGUUGGAAUUAUAUCCGAAUUCCCAACCAUUACCUUUAAGUUAUCAGCAAUUAAUCAAGCCUCUAUUAUCUCCUGCAAUUUGGGAGUUUCGUGGAAACGUCCCUGCAGUAACAAGGCUAUUAAUAGCUAUAUUGGAACAGGAGCCAGCUGUCUUUGUGAAUAGUGAGCAAGGACUAACACCUUUGCUAGGAGUUUUCCAAAAACUUAUCGCGUCUAAAGCUCAUGACUCACAUGGGUUCGACUUGUUGCAAUCCAUAUUGAUGGCUAUACCACUUGUGAGUUUACAGACAUAUUUGAACCAAAUAGCUCUACUUCUUUUAACAAGGUUGAAAAAUUCCAGAACUGAAAAGUAUGUUAAAAGGUUUGUUGUAUUUAUUUGUUUCAUCUGUUGCCUGCCUUUAAAUCUGACGAUAACACCUGAAUUGAAUGCUGAUUUUGCGAUUAAUUUCAUAGAUUCCGUCCAACAGGGCGUAUUUCCCCAAAUUUUCAAUAGCUUUAUUCUACCAACGACGAGUAGUUUAGCCAACCUUCAGGAUAAAAAGAUAUCAGUGCUAGGACUUUCUGAGUUGUUACUUUCACAACAUUUUACUCAAGGCAGUUAUACAAGUUUAAUGGUUCCCACCUUAGAGCAGCUAUGCAUCAAUAUUGCAACUUUGGGGGGCUUGGGUAAAUCUGAAUUGGUUACAGGUAAUAAUUUUAAUGGCAGUGAUGUAGACUUUGAAAGUGCAGCAUUCGGAUCCAGUUACUCCAAGAUUAUUUCGAUUCAAGUCAAACCAUUUGACCCAUUACCUAAUAUAAAGAAUAAUGAUCAAGAUGCGAUCAAGCUAGGUGUGGUAUCAAAUAUCAAAAAAUUAAAUAAUAUGGAAGCUCUCAGUCAUAUAAGCAGCGAGAGUCAGCAAGUCUUGAAAACAAUAGGUUUAUAA